AUGUCUACUUCUUCCACUGUCCUCUCGGCCUUCCGCCGCUCCACCGCGAACUCCCUCCGCCUCCAGGCUCCCUCCACCAAGCGCUUCUUCACCCCCUCUGCUGCCAACAUGGUCGUCAAGACCUACUUCGACGUCAGCUGGACCGGCCCCGAGGUCACGGUCGACCAGCGCGGCAAUGUCACCAAUGUCGGCCCUGUCAAGGAGCAGUCCGGCCGCAUCAACUUCGAGCUCUUCGACGACGUCGUCCCCAAGACGGUCGAGAACUUCCGCGCCCUCUGCACCGGCGAGAAGGGCUUCGGCUACCAGAACUCCAAGUUCCACCGCGUCAUCCCCCAGUUCAUGCUCCAGGGUGGUGACUUCACCCGUGGCAACGGCACUGGUGGAAAGUCCAUCUACGGCGAGAAGUUCAGCGAUGAGAACUUCAAGCUGACCCACAACAAGCCCUUCCUCCUGUCCAUGGCCAAUGCCGGCCCCAACACCAACGGCUCCCAGUUCUUCAUCACCACCGUCGUCACCUCGUGGCUGGACGGCAAGCACGUCGUCUUUGGUGGUGUCCCCGACGGCGAUGUCGACUCGUACAAGAUUGUCAAGUCGAUCGAGGCCUGCGGCAGCGGCAGCGGCACCAUCAAGUACAAGGAGGGCCCACCCACCAUUGUCGGUGCCGGUGAGCAGUAG